UGGCGGGCGUUCGUGUCAGUCUCCAGCAGAGACGGGGAAACCAGACCUUCUAUUCAGUAGGACAGGAACCAGGAAACUCAAAGAGCUCAUGCAAGUUUUGUGGAGGGGGUGGGGUUUCACUCAGGAGACACACACACUUGCAAAGAAAAAAAAUGCAGCACUACGGCUACAGAAGCAGACUCCGACCCUGCGCUCAGACCAGAAAACUACUCCAGAACUUCAACAUGAGCGGCCAGAUCCGUUUAGAUACCAAUCUGGAAAAAGCUCAAGCAAUGAAGAAUGAAGACAAGGUCUUCAGGUACAAUGGGAUUCUCUACCCCAUCCUCAGGAGCCCAGAGGAGAAUUUGAAGGCCCUUGUGAAUAUCGAAGCCAGAACUGAUGACAUCAUGCUUGUGGCCUUCCCCAAAUGUGGCUUCAAUUGGAUGCUUGGGGUUCUGAAGAAGAUUGUAGCUGCUGUCAAAGGAACAGAAAGUCAGAUAAAGAUGCACCCACUGAUUGAGUUUCUCGACCCAGCUAAGCAACAGAUGCUGGCUGACUUACCAUCUCCCAGAAUCCUCGGGACACACUUGCAACCCCAGAACAUGCCCUCUUCUUUUUUCGCCAGGAAAACCAAGAUCGUGGUUAUGUUCCGGAACCCUAAAGAUACAGCCGUCUCCUACUUUCAUUUCACCAACAACAACCCAGUGCUGCAGACCGCUGAGUCCUGGGACAAGUUCUACUCAGACUUCAUACAAGGAGAAGUACCUUGGGGUUCUUACUUUGACUGCGCCCUGGCAUGGGAGGAGCAUAUCGACGACCCCAAUGUUUUGGUUAUGACCUUUGAGGACAUGAAGCAGAACAUGUGCCAAGGGAUAGAGCAGAUUGCCCAGUUCUAUGGCUACAGCUUGACUGAGGAGCAGGUCCAGAGCGUCGCCAAGGCAAGUGGUUUCGACACAAUGAAGGAGAGCUCCAAGAGCAUGUUUGGACAAAUGACCGACGUUAUAUUCAGGAAAGGCGAGGUGGGAGACUGGAAGAACCUCUUCACUGUGGACCAGAGCCAGGAGAUGGAUGCUGCUUUCGAGAAGCACCUGGCUGGGACCAAGCUGGGCGCCAAGUUGAAGUACGAUGUGUACUGCAAGUAGGCUGUGAUGGCCAAACGGAGACAGGAGCGGGACAUGCAGGAGCGGGGACAUGCAGUGCAGGAGCGGGGACAUACAGUGCAGGAGCGGGACAUACAGUACAGGAGCGGGGACAUGCAGUGCAGGAGCGGGAUAUACAGUACAGGAGCGGGACAUACAGGAACAUGUAUUCUGAACCUCAUGUACACAAACCUCAUAUACUAAUAGUAAAUGAUUUUAGGUUAGAAGUGAUACUUCUGUAUAGGGUGGGUUUCUUUAUAAAUUCUUCAAAUGUACUAUAUAAAAUUGUUGCUUUUUUAUUAACAUGUUAAAAUGUUAAAAUUUGCCUUGAUUGAA